CCGGAAAUUCUGGUCACCCCAUUUAAAUCGCUUCACCAUGCGUGCGACAUAAGGACACUGAAGCGUAGAGGAAUAAGAGCGGGGUACGCGGCUAAUGAGGCACCAAACUGCGCAUUGUUUCUGAUUUUUUUACUUAAUCACAAAAAAAAAAUAAAAAAAAUAAAAACAAAUAAAGAGACUGCCAUGCGUGGUACGCCCCCCUCUUCACUCCCACCACACCCCGAUCUCUCAGAAUAUCCAGCAGGCGACCGGCAGCGAUCGUGCCCCAGCAAGGAUGAAACACUCCUCUGUAUCGCAUUCUGAUCUCGGCCCUUCUUCUGGUCCCCCCAAGUCCACCCCUACCCCCUCCCCUUCGUUAAGGGGGCAGGGAGGGGGUCUACCGUCACGUGACCCCUUUCUCUCUUUGUUGUUGCUGCUAGUGCCGCCGCUGUUGCUGUUGCUGCUGUUGUAUUGGACGCACAUUGCUGGAUUCCCUUUCUCUUUUUUUAUUUCUUUCUCCAUCUCUCGUUCUUGUUCUUCUUUUUUUUUCUUUUGCUACCCCCAAAUUCAAUUCACCGGAAUGGAUUUCUUUAUAUCUUGGGAUUUUUGUUUUUCUUCUGAAAUAAGGAAGUAGAUGCGGGAAGUCUUUAAAGGGAAUUCACGAGCGCAUCGGUUCCAAGAGAAGAAGGAUUUUAAACGGGAAUAAUACGAAGAGGGGGUGACUCGAAGGUGUAAAAAAAGAAAUAAAGAAAAAAAAAAGAAUAGAAAGUGGCCAAGGUGUGCCGCCGGGAAUCGGAAUUGCCAGCCGUGGAGGUGGUGAUGUCGGUGCUGCUGCAGCCUCAGCCUGCAGUGAGAGCCCCGUCAGCGUCGCGGAGGAGCCGCUAGAAGUCCUCGGAGAAAAGGCGCUUUGCUAAGCCGAGCCGAUCGAGACACACCAGAGAGAGAGAUACGACCCCCCUCCUCCCCACCCCCGUCCAUGCGCCCCUCUUCGCCUCUGUACCGGCAUCGUUGGCUUUGUAGGCGAUCGCACUCUCCUCGCUCCUUUUCUUUCCUCUUGAUGUUUUUCGGCGACUGAACAAAAGGCACCGACGGGAGCGCACGCACCGGGGAGGAGCGCCUCGCCUGCCUGCUGGCUGGCUUGCUUGCCUGCCUGCCUGCCUGCCGUUGAUGCUCUCGGCCUGCUCCGGCUUUCUGUCUUCGCACCGUCCUCAUCGUCAUCAUGGUGGGAAGCUGGCGCCCCGCUAGGUGGAUCGGACCUUUGGCUCUCUAUUACUUUUCUCUUGUUUGCCUGCUCGCCUUCUCUUCGUUGCCUGGGAUUCGAGCAUCCAAUCUUCAAACCAGCGACUGCCAGACCGGCAAAGGGAAAGGGACCAACUGCUCAGAGUUCAAUGAAAAAGAAAGCGACGUCCGGGUCUGCGAUGAGACAUCAUGUAAAUAUGGGGGCGUCUGCAAGGAGGCGGGUGACAGCCUAAAAUGUCUGUGCCAAUUUCAGUGUCAUAAAAACUACAUUCCAGUGUGUGGGUCUAAUGGAGACACCUACCAGAAUGAGUGCUACCUGCGGCAGGCGGCGUGCAAACACCAGAAGCACAUCUCUCUGGUAUCGGAGGGUCCUUGCUAUCCUGACAAUGGUUCUGGGUCAGGAGAAGGGGAGUACGAGGGAUCGGGCACAGAAGUUAGCAGGAAAUUCACCAAAUGUGGGACAUGCAAGUAUGGAGCCGAGUGUGACGAAGACUCUGAGGAUGUCUGGUGCAUAUGCAAUAUUGACUGCAGUGGGCACAAUGAAAAUCCUGUGUGUGCGACGGAUGGCAACUGGUACAACAAUCCCUGCCUCGUCCGAGAGGCCUCCUGUAUGAAGCAGGAGCAGAUCGAUGUGAAGCAUCUCGGGAAGUGUCCAGAAAAGGAAGAUAAAUUGUUAUCUGGCAAAAAGGAUGAAGGAAUUCAGUAUCGGCCCGAAAUUAAAGACUCGAGCCAUCCUGAAGACAGAACCUACCAAGGCCAUUCGACACCCUGCACAGAAAACUACAAUGGCUUCUGCGUCCACGGAAAAUGUGAAUUGAAAUACAACAAGGUGUCCUGUCGCUGUGAGUCGGGCUACAAAGGGGUGCAAUGUGACGAAAUCCAAGACUUCAACAUCCUGUAUGUCGUGCCGAGCGGUCAGAAACUUCAUUACGUCCUCAUUGCAGCAAUAAUUGGAGCCGUGCAGAUAGCCAUCAUCGUGGCCGUGGUGAUGUGCAUCACAAGAAAAUGCCCGAAAAACAACAGAGGACGCCGCCAGAAGCAGAACUUAGGACAUUUUACCUCAGAUGCUUCGUCCAGGAUGGUGUAGCUCGUGGAUUUUUUUGAUACUUUUUUCCUACCAUGUGAAGUACAUUUUUAAUCCUAAAUUUGUUUGUUUAUUUUAUUUGUUUUCUGAAAAAAAAAAAAAACAAAACACAGAAGAAGAAGAUGAACUUUAUUUCUGGGGCCUUAUUUUUCUUUUUUUCUGGAAAUUGUCUGCAACGUGCAGAUAGUGAUUAUCCUUUUUUUUUUUUUCUUUCGUCUUUAUUCUUUCUCUUGUUAAAGCAGCGACAGACUGUUUGACGAAGUGGAAACGUCCAAACAAGGCAGACGAACGCUGCCGGCCUUUUUCUUUUUUGGGUGGGGGGGUUGAUUUUUGCCUUUUUUUUUUUUUUUCCCGGUCAUCGUUUAUUUUUUAUUUUUAUUUUUUUUUGUAGACAACCGCGCACGUCGUAUCACAUGGAUCCGUAACGACAGACUUGUGCUUCACUCGUGGAAUGUGCCGCUCGUUGGGAUUUUUUGAGCAGUCCGAGCGAACGCCCAGCACGAGUUCGUGUCGAGGGGCACGGUACCCGGGCGGUGAAGACGUUUACACUUUGAUCUUUGCUACAAACAAAAACAAUUAGGAAAAAAAAAAA